UGGCGGGCGGGGAGAAGGGCGGGUUUGCGGGUGUGGCUUGACUCGUCGCUGUCGCCUCUUGCAAGGGGGGUCGUGCCGGGGGCCCCAGUUCCUGAGCGUCCUCGGGGGGCCGGGGCCGCCGCCGUCCUUAUCAUGCUGCCACCCACUCUCCCCGCACCGCCGCAUCCAGAAAGCGUCCUGCAGGCGCAGCCUCUCCCGCGUUCCCGGCGCUGCGUUGCCUUCUGCGCGGGGCUGCUGCUGGCGGUCGCGCCGCGGAGUUUCUGCACCUGCUCCGCCCGUCCGGGAUAACCGCAGACCCUGCUGCAAAUUCUCCUCCUGGCAUACACGGGACUCCCCCAGAAACAGCAUGAACAAGAGGACUACAGCACAAUGCAGGACUGCACAGAGCUAAAACUACUCCCCUUUGUGCCCAUGGAAGUGGGAUUUAUCGCUGGAACAUGUUCCUGCUGAGCAUUAUUAGCCAUUUCCUUGGCGUGUUGCCUAUGCUGAACAACUCCAUGCUGCUGUGUUCCAUUCCUCUAUUGCCUCUGACUCAUUUUGAAAUCUAUAGCUGCAGUAUCCCAGUGAUGUGAAGUUAUCCGGUGACCAGGAUGUCUCUUUUACCAGGAGAAAAUUCGGACUAUGACUACAGCGCCCUCAGCUGUGCUUCGGAUGCCACCUUUAAUCACCCGUUCUUUGCCGAAACAGAAACUCUCAAGGGAGUCUUUUACCAAAGAGCCAAACUAAUUCAUCCUGGGGAAGACCUUUAUGAAAGCAUUUGUCCGGAAGAUCGGAAACAUCACAUCAUCAUCAACGUGGGAGGCUUUAAAUACUUGCUCCCGUGGACCACUUUGGACGAGUUCCCCAUGACCCGCUUGGGCCAGCUGAAAUUUUGCAACAACUUCGAUGACAUCCUCAACAUUUGCGACGAUUACGACGUGACCUGCAACGAGUUCUUUUUCGACCGCAACCCCGGGGCGUUUAGGACCAUCUUGACUUUCCUGCAGGCGGGGAAGCUGAGGCUCUUGAGAGAGAUGUGCGCUCUCUCGUUCCAAGAGGAGCUGCUUUACUGGGGGAUCGAAGAAGACAACUUGGAAUGGUGCUGCAAGAGGCGGUUUCUGCAGAAAAUGGAGGAGUUUGCAGAAAUGAAUGACGCGGAGGACGACUUCAUGGACAGCGAGAACCCUUGUGAAGCAGUGGAGGAGACGAAAACGGGCCGCUGCAUGAAAAAGCUGCAGGACAUGGUGGAGAGGCCGCAGUCCGGCAUUCCUGGGAAAGUGUUUGCCUGUUUAUCAGUGCUGUUUGUGACAAUUACUGCUGUCAACUUGUCCAUCAGCACUAUGCCUGGCUUAAGGGAAGAGGAGGAGAGAGGUGAAUGUUCUCAGAUGUGCUACAACAUUUUCAUAGUAGAAUCUGUCUGUGUGGGAUGGUUUUCUUUGGAGUUCCUUUUAAGGCUCAUCCAAGCACCGAGCAAGUUUACUUUUCUGAGGAAUCCGUUAACCCUGAUUGACAUAGUGGCCAUCCUGCCCUACUACAUCACUUUACUAUUAGAUACCACCUCAGUGAGCAGUAACAAAAAGCCAACCUCUGGCAACAUCUACUUGGACAAAGUGGGCCUGGUGCUGCGCAUACUACGUGCCUUGAGGAUUCUAUAUGUUAUGCGGCUGGCCAGGCACUCUCUGGGCCUGCAGACACUGGGGCUCACUGCCCGUAGAUGCACCCGCGAGUUUGGCCUCUUGCUGCUUUUCCUUUGUGUAGCCAUUGCACUCUUUGCACCCCUCUUGUACGUGAUUGAAAAUGAAAUGGCAGACUCACAGGAGUUCACCAGCAUCCCGGCUAGCUAUUGGUGGGCAGUGAUCACCAUGACAACAGUGGGCUAUGGCGAUAUGGUGCCCAGAAGUAUCCCGGGCCAGGUGGUAGCACUGAGUAGCAUCCUGAGUGGGAUCCUUCUCAUGGCCUUUCCCGUCACAUCAAUCUUCCACACGUUUUCCCGCUCAUACAUUGAGCUGAAGCAAGAGCAGGAAAGAAUCAUGUUCAGGAGGGCACAGUUCUUAAUGAAAACAAAGUCCCAAUUAACCAACGCAUCACAAGGGAGCGACAUAUUUCCAAGUAUCUCUUCAGAGACCAGGGAAAACAACUGAAACGGAAGUUUCCACAUCGGCCUGUUGCUGAGCAAACAGUAACAUUUCAUCUUGGCAUUUGCUUCGGGAGGCAUUGGAGAGAGAUGUACUAUACAAAUAAUGUCCAAAGGACUUUUAGCCAUUCAGAAAGCAGAGUCUUAUUUUAUUGUAACGCAUAUUAGCAUUAUUGUUUAAGAGUGGGUGAAGGGGGGUGUCUUUUCAAUAGAUUGCAUAUUUGAUGUGCAAAAUUGUAAAAGUAAUUUAAUUUUUUUAAAAAAUAUAUUGUAACAGGCUUUGCUAACCCAAAGGAAAAUGGUGUAAAAUGGGCACAGCUGUUGUAACAUAAGGAGGAAGGCCCUUUUCCAGAAAAACAACUGUGAACAUCAAUAUUUUGAUCAUUCUGCUAA